AUGCGUGUCUCCGUAUCAGCUCAGGCUGUAAUCUUCAGCCUCGCCUUUCCCUUCCUCACCACCGCUGCCGAUGAUGCGAGCUACAAUGUGUCCCUGCCCUUCCGGCCCAAUAACGUGACACUCCUUCACGACCCGUAUUACUGGGUGGGCUCGUACUACAAUGGGACCACCGAGUUGAAAUUGAUGCCCUAUACGGGCUUGGCUGCGAACGACAGCACCCAGUGCCCGUUGCUCGCCAACACUACGACCACCGUGCAAUAUGACACGAUCCUCGCCCUUACUGAGCCGAGCAUACUCAACAACAGCAGCGACCCCGUGAACGCCUUCCUCAUGCUCUGGGACACCGGCUUUGACUUAUCUACAAUCACUAGCUUUGGCUGGCCACUGUAUGAUCUCCCCUCUUUGCAAUGGACCUUUGCUUCCUCUGAACCUACGUACCCCGGCCUUUUGGACGGUACUGACCUCUUUGAGUGGACGCUGAGCACUACUCAGAGCCCACCCUACCGUCUCUCGAGCACCAUCACUACAUACUAUAAUGGCGCGGGCGGCCUCCAAGCCAACAUGACCAACUGCACCAGUGCAGAGAUAGUUCCGUGGCUGAUCGACCUGGGCCCCUGGGCCCCGGACAACAACUUCGUCUAUGAGUCCGAGUGGCCGGCUAUGACGGUCAGUCUGGAUUUCGACGGCGAGACGGCAAACUACACAAUCCAAGGGUACUUUGACAGCUAUCGGAUCUAUCCGAACGGAACGUCACGAUCCGGGGGAGAAACCACCCACGGGCAGUUCACGUUGCGCUUCGCCGGUGUCCUGGAUGCCUACCAUUCGGACAUCCUGGCCAACGACACCGCCACCCCGAUUUGGCUGCGAACUGUCGGGUUCAACAACAACUCGCUGAACGUCGGCUUCUCCUCGAUUAAUCUCCCCCUCCUCUGGACAUUGCAAAGCGAGGCUGUUGCGCAAAUCCAGGAACUCGGUAUUUUCCCCGGUUCCAGAUACAUACCCUCUCGCUUGGAGUGAUCAUGGAGCGAUAGAGAAAAAAUAAAACCUGACAUGGACUGGUAUGACUGGCAAUGGAUGAUUUACAAAAGGUUUGUUAAAGAAAGAGGUGAAUUGGACGCAGCACCUUAUCAAAGCGAUUUGCGCACGGUAUGAAGGGGUUGGCUUGGCAGACAAUGUUCUUGAUUCCAAGUAAAGAACUUUGCAUGGGCCGAAAAGAGCGUGUAUACUGUAUACAAAAUGGCAUUGUGUAUACCAUCCGCCUCUAACCUCCAUCUUCCUAGUGCAGUGAUAAUCACUCCCUGAUAUUCAAAGUUGGACGGCUAGUAUCAUGACGAUUUCCAGGACGGAAUGGAUAACUGCAACACCACCUGAAGAUGGUUCAUCAUUGUUGAAAAGCAC